GAAUUAAACCACAGUGCUGUUUCGUUGUUAGAAGUGUUCAGUGGCAGUUUUGUGACAGUCUCCUAGUGUCUAAGUGCAUUAUGAAGUCUCUAAAAGGUGUUUUUGAUCCGUCACGGAAGAAAUAUCGAAAUACUGCAGGUCGCGCUUCAAUUGUGUCUACUAUAUCAAGACUGUCCAUUGGUGAUAUUACCGAGGAGUCACUAUCAGAAUGGAAAAAUUUGCCCAGGGAAAUUCGUCACGAUCCAAGUUUAGACUUAUUCAAGCGAAAAAAUGAAUUGGCAAGGUCUGGAGCAGGUGAAAGGAAUUGGGCAGAUCGGCAGGACUCAAUUACAGAGGAGGUUGAAAGGAAAACUGACAUUGAAAAUAAUGGCGUGACAGAUCAAGUCAAUCAAGAGUCGAAUGGUCAUGUUACACUGAAAAAGGAAGAACAUAAAACAAACAAAUAUUUAACGUGGAUUAAGUUGUCCCUGUUGGUUGUUUGUUGGAUAGCCUUCACAUUCUUUUUGAUGAGAAAGGAUGAGAAACAUCUGGAAGGUCGAAAACUGGGUGUAGCGGCAGGAGAAACUCGUGCAUUCGCCUUGCACCACAUACCGACUAAUGCUCGAAUUCAGCUUCUGUUUGAAGGAGCCUUCCUCAGCGAAUAUGAAGACGAAACAGCUACCAAUCAUUUGUACUUUUAUCUCACACUUGAUUCUCACAACGGAAGUAGCCGUCCUAUAUCCGAUGUGCUGCACAUUCCAAUAGCAGAAGAAUCAGAUUUAGACUCUGCUGAAGAAUUGGAAAGAGAUUCCACUAUACACUUCGGAGAUGCAGACUGGCAGAGUAUAAGUCAGCAUGAGGAGACACUUUAUGUGAACCUUUACACAAAUUUAACGAAAACGUUUUCAAUGAACAUGAUAUACGAUCCGUCACCAUUGGAUGAAAGUUUGGGUGUCAUAUUGGGUGCUGUGGUUUUAGUUGGAUUGUACGUUUUGAUUGUAUUUGAAUUAGUCCAUCGCACUUUAGCAGCUGUAAUUGGUUCAACGAUUGCAAUCGCCCUUCUUGCCGCUAUGGAUGAAAGGCCCACAUUGGAACACAUAAUAUCGUGGAUUGAUAUAGAGACGUUGCUGUUGCUUUUCGGUAUGAUGGUUCUUGUAGCUAUCUUAUCGCAGACUGGAGUGUUUGAUUAUCUGGCCGUUUAUGCAUUUAAGAUAACGAAAGGAAAAGUGUGGCCACUUAUUAUUUGCCUGUGCGUGUUCACUGGAUUAUUGUCGGCAGUUUUAGACAAUGUGACGACUAUUUUGCUGAUGGCACCGGUAACGAUUCGAUUGUGCGAAGUAAUGGAAUUGAAUCCGGUUCCAGUUCUUAUUUUUACCGUAAUUUUCUCAAAUAUUGGCGGCACCAUGACGCCGGUGGGAGAUCCACCAAAUGUUAUCAUUGCCAGUAACAGUUACAUAUCGAGCAAUGGCAUUAAUUUUGCAAAUUUCACCCUUCACAUGAUGAUUUGCUCUGCGGUCGUAAUGGUUGUAACUGUCUUUUGGCUUCGGUUCAUGUACCGUGAUCCAGCAUCGCUGAGGUUCAGCGAACCACGGGCUAUUCGAGAAUUAAAACAUGAAAUCAUGAUCUGGGAAAGAGCUGUAGAUUCACUGGGAAGCAUCUCCAAUUCUCAAGAUGUUUUACGCAAAUCUCUCGAAAAGAAAGUUAAAAAGCUUAAUCGGAUGCUUGAGGAACAAUUACACACGUCGGAAGUGUCUAAAGAGGUUUACCAAUCAACAUUACAAGAAUUGGAGGAAAAAUAUCCGAUUAAGAACAAAGUUCUCCUGAUCAAAUCAUGCUUCGUGUUAGUCUUUGUCAUCCUGUUUUUCUUCCUUCAUUCCGCGCCAACCAUUCAGAAAUUGUCACUCGGCUGGACUGCACUUCUGGGAGCCGUUUUGCUGCUUAUCCUAUACAAUCGCGAAGAUAUUGAAGUUAUUCUUGGCCAUGUGGAAUGGGCGACAUUGGUGUUUUUCGCCGCACUGUUCGUUCUCAUGGAAGCGUUAACGGAGCUCGGUUUGAUCGACUGGAUUGGAAAGCAAACCGAAAAUAUUAUCUUAGCGGUUGAAGAAGAAUAUCAACUUGCAAUUGCAAUUUUACUGAUUCUAUGGGUGUCGGCGGUCAUUGGUGCAUUUGUCGACAACAUUCCUCUAACCGCGAUGAUGUUGAAAAUUGUUAUUUCAUUGAAUGAAAAUCAAAAUCUUAACUUGCCAUUGCAGCCACUGGUUUGGUCGCUGGCACUCGGUGCAUGUCUUGGCGGUAAUGGUACAUUGAUUGGUGCCUCGGCAAACGUUGUUGCAGCUGGUCUUGCAACAGCUCACGGUUACAAGUUUACAUUCAACCAGUUCUUUAAAAUCGGUUUUCCAGUUAUGAUACUCAGCAUCAUAGUUUGUACGGCAUACUUGAUGAUUUGCCAUGUAUUGUUCUCGUGGCAUUAACUAACCCAACAUCGCUAUUGACAAGGUUGCACCAAUGGCUUCAAUGGUGGCGAAUUUGUCCAAUCUUCUAAACUAAAACUCAAUUUUGAGAGUGUUUUAAUGAAAAAUUUAUUUGUGACAAAAGAUGAUUUUUCUCAGAAAAAUUAUUUUCUAAAUUAUUAAAAUUUCAUGUAAGAGAGUUA